GGGUGAGGAAAACGCCCCCCUCUCAUGCGCUGGGCUCUGGUUACAGGAGUGCAAAAGUUCAGCUCUGUUCUGGAGCAGAAGUUUUACAGCACUAAGCAAUAACCUAACAGCAGGACAGGAAGCCCGGAGCACAGAAAGCAGGUCCUCCCUCGUGCAUGCGAAGAGCAGCCUGAUCACCAUGCUUCACCUCAUGAAGAUGAGAGCACUCGGCGUGCUGAGAGCGUGCGGGGCGGUAAUGCGGGCUCAGCAGGUCGGGGUGAGUGCGCAGGGGAAUGUGACAGCCACCCCGAGCAGACUGAUGUCCAGCAAAACAUACAAUGUUCCUCCGAGCAGCGAGUUUGUCGCGCGCGUGUCCGGAAUCGCCACCAUGGCCAAGUUACCGUAUCAGGACACAGCCGAGGGCCUGGACGCAGCCUUCAUCGGAGUUCCCAUCGACACCGGGACCUCCAACCGACCCGGAACCAGGUUUGGCCCCCGGCAGAUCAGAGCCGAAUCGGUCAUGCUGAGGACCUACGGUGGCACAGGAGCUGCGCCUUGGGAGUCCCUGAUGGUUGCAGAUAUUGGCGAUGUCAACGUGAACUUGUAUGACCUAAAGGAUGCCUGCAAACGGAUUCGUGAGGCUUAUCGCAAAGUCGUGGCUACUGGCUGCAUCCCGCUUACUCUGGGGGGCGAUCACACAAUUGCGUACCCGAUUCUUCAGGCCGUGGCAGAAAGACAUGGUCCGGUGGGUCUGGUUCAUGUAGAUGCUCAUGCUGACACGGGUGAUGUGGCCCUGGGGGAGAAGAUCACUCACGGCACACCGUUCAGGCGCUGUGUGGAGGAGGGACUGCUCGACUGUAAACGCGUGGUUCAGAUUGGCCUCCGAGGCACUGGCCAUACCCCCGACGCCUACGAGUGGAGCAGAGAACAGGGUUUCCGCGUGGUGCGGGUGGAGGAGUGUUGGCACAAAUCUCUGGUGCCACUCAUGACAGAGGUUCGAGCCCAAAUGGGCAAAGGGCCCGUUUACCUCAGCUUCGAUAUCGAUGCUUUGGAUCCUGCAUUUGCCCCUGGCACUGGAACACCUGAGAUUGCAGGCCUCACGUCUAUUCAGGGACUGGAGAUCGUUCGUGGAUGCAGAGGUUUGAAUCUUGUUGGCUGUGACUUGGUGGAGGUUUCCCCACCGUACGACACUACGGGAAACACUGCACUGACUGCAGCCAACCUGCUUUUUGAAAUGCUUUGUGUUCUUCCGAAGACAAAACACUACUGAUUAAGAGGAAAUGCUUACACUGUCGGAAUAACUCGGUUUUAAGGAUCGCAGUCUUAAAAACUGAUCUCUGUUUAUGAUGUAGCACCUUUUGGUCCUGCAGGCCAUGCAAGCACUUAAAUGAUGAGCCAGAGUUGUGUCUCUUCUUCUUGCCAUUAAUGAACUUAUUGUGAAAGUCAGGUCACUUUAUGUGAGUUUUUUUGGCUUUUCAUGGUGCUAAAAUGUAAUAAUAAAAAAACUACUCCUUAUGCAUCUUA